AUGCCGGAGAAAGAAACUUUCCACGAGCAUAUGCAAGUGCACCCGUUCCAUCACCACCCCGGUCACCCGUUGGCGGCGGCACACCACGGUCACCACCAUCCGCAGGCGGGACUGUCGGCACACGGAUUAAGUGCAGCCGCCGCCGCAGCAGCCGCGGCCGCGGCAGCCGCCGCAGCCGCCAACAGUGGCGCUCCUGGCAGCGGCAGCUACGGUCCGCUGCAACUCCCGUCGGCUUUCGUAGCAUUCCACUCGCAGCUUUCUUCCGCAGCGGGGCUCGAGCAGCGUUCGCCCCACGAUGGCCGCUAUGGCCUUUGGGAUCCUACCGGGUCGCCUUCGGCUGCAUCGUUCCACCAUCCGCACCAUGCCUCGGUUCAUGGGUUGGCCAGUAAUGCAAAUUUUGCGGAGUUGCAGUUCCUGAGUGCGCGCCGCGCGGCGGUGGCCGCGGCCGAGGCCGUGGCCAGUGCCGCAGUGGCUCAGAUCAACGGCGGGACAGUGCUGCCCUCGCAUCCGCCCGUAUCGGCCACGGUGGUGCCGCUAACGAUCUCCCCACCGGCCACGUCGGGCGCAUCGCUCAACGGUGACGGCGGCGGCCCCCCGGAAGGGUCCAACGGCAGCGGUGCUCGGCCUAACGGAGCGACUUCCCUCAGUAACGGCACCUCGCCCGUGGCCGGCGGUGGCGCUAGUCCGGGUUUGCCGACGGCGAACGGAACCACUGGACCGGCGACCGUGCCAGUGCCCCAUCCCGGGGAUUUCCAUCCCGCCUACAGGAUACCCGGCUACAUGGAGCAUCUGUACUCGCUGCAACACGCCUCGGCAUCGCUCCACGGGCUUGGACUGACGCCGGAGUACAUUAAUGCACGAAACGCAAUUGCCGAUCUGCAUCCGGCCAGUUCGCUGGCCAGUGCCGAUUUCCACUUCAGCAUCGACGCAGCCAGUCGCCUGAACAGCCCGCGGCCAGGAAGCAUUCGUGCCAGCGUGAGCCGCAAGCGAGCCCUUUCGUCAUCGCCGUACUCCGAUUCGUUCGACAUCAGCUCCAUGAUACGCUACUCUCCCAACUCGCUGGCCUCCCUAGUGAACGCUUCCCGGAGCAGCAGCACCAGCGGAUCGUACGGCCAUCUGUCGGCCAGCGCUCUGGGACCGCCCCUCGGCAUGCACAGCGCGAUGCCACCGCAUCUGCAGCAUCUUUUGCGCAGCAGCGGCUUCCUCCAUUCGCUGCCCGGCCAUCAUACACCGACGGCCAGUAUGUUCUCCCUAUCGCACCACCCACUGCACCCGGGCCACUCGUUGGGCAAACCGCAGCACAUAACGGAUCUAUCGAACAAGAAACAGGAGCAACCAUCGUCCAGUUCCCAGGUGACGCGCGUCGAAGCGGACAGUGCCACAAACGCACAGCAGAAAAAGUCACGCCUCAAACGUGAAACGGCGCAGCACAACGUGCCACUGCACAAGGGCAGCCCACCGUGUGGCUCGGCCAUGCUCACCUCGAACCAUCACCUAAGUCCUACCUCGACACAAGGACCCGCCGCCAACGGUAACAACGGUACGGCAACAUCGACGCAUAACGGGGGUGGCCUCAACCUGAGCCCCAUGCAUCCCGAGCGAGGUGGGGACAUCGGCGCGGGGGUCGGUAACAUGGCCGAUGGCAGUGAAGCCAUCGGCGGGAGAAUGGCCGGAACCAUUGGCUUUGAGUGCGGAGAAGGCGGGUCUCGGGCGGACACGACCGACCCAAAGGACGAGCCGGGUGACUUUAUUGAAACCAACUGCCACUGGCGUGACUGUUCGCUCGAGUUUAACACACAGGAUGAGCUGGUCAAGCACAUCAACAAUGACCAUAUUCAUGCCAAUAAAAAAUCCUUCGUCUGUCGCUGGGACGAGUGUUCGCGCGACGAAAAACCCUUCAAAGCCCAGUACAUGCUGGUGGUGCACAUGCGUCGCCAUACGGGAGAAAAACCGCACAAAUGCACGUUCGAAGGUUGCUGUAAGGCUUAUUCAAGACUGGAAAAUCUCAAGACACACCUUCGCUCUCAUACGGGCGAAAAGCCAUAUACCUGCGAGUAUCCUGGUUGCAGUAAAGCGUUCAGUAACGCAUCCGAUCGUGCCAAACAUCAAAACCGAACGCACAGUAACGAGAAACCGUACGUGUGCAAAGCUCCGGGCUGCACGAAACGUUACACGGACCCUAGCUCCCUGCGGAAGCACGUGAAAACCGUCCACGGUGCCGAGUUUUAUGCGAACAAAAAGCACAAGGGCAAUCACCACGGUGGCGGUGGAAGCAGUGGCGGUCUUGGCGAAGAUGGUGAAGGCUCCAACCACAUGUUUGACAGUAGCCCUCGUAGCGAGGACAAGACAACAAGCAUGAGCAGCCCCAGUAUUAAGUCGGAAUCGGAUGCCAAUUCCCCGAGCCACCCGCCGAUCAACAGCCCGAUGUCCAUAUCAGCGCUUACGGCAGGGCUCGGGGAAGAUUACCACGAGGGAGACAACAUGCAUCUGGGCAGUCUCGCGACGCUGGACGAUGCAGCGUGGCCGUACGUGGACGAGGAUCUUGAGGUAGCGGAUCUUCCGUACGUGCUACGGGAAAUGGUAGAUCUUAGCGGCCCGAACGGAGCAGCGACUGCAGUGUCCAUGCGCAACAAUCCCCGCAAUCGGUUGAAGAAUCGCAUCAACAACAAGGGCUCCUUGCUCGGUAGCAGUCCACUUUCCAACAUUCCGGAAAUGAACAGCCAGCAGAUGCGGAACUUUGGGCUUGGCGAUUUGAAUAGGAAGAUUACCGAUCUCAAGAUGGAACCGGGCACCACACCUCCUCCGCAGUCGCUUUCGCAACCGUCGCCGACGAUGGCAAAGUUGGGUCAAACCGAUGCGAUACGACCCUGCACGCUGCCGCCGCCAUCCUCGACCACCACAACGACAAUGAUGAUGAUGAAUGCAUACUUAAAUCCUGCCGCUGCGCAGAUUCGACGUGAUAGCAACAAUAGCACCACCAGCAGCUCGUACUACAGCAUGCGUUCGGCCGACAUCAGUCGCCGCAGCAGCCAGGCGUCACAGCAAAGCUCGAUCUCAACCAUGCGACCGACUUAUUACAACUCUUCGUCACUGUACGAUCCGAUCUCACCGGGAAGCUCGCGCCGAUCGAGCUCUAUGUCGACGGCUACCAACGGAGGACAGAGCCUACCACCACCGCCUUCCUCGCAUUUGAUCUCAACACAUCUUCAACGCUUCAACGGAGGCAACAGCACUGCAGGAACGAUGGGCGGCAUCACGGGAGGCUCGAUGGGAGGCACAGGUUCCACAGGCCAUCCGAAUGCCAACGGUUCACGGCACUCUAUUCCCAACAACCUGAGCACCGGGGGUUUCUAUGGGCCUCAGCAACAUAACACUGGAUUGCCGGGCCACAGCUUCGAUCGGCGCAUGUCUGAGCCAGUUGCCAGUGGUGCCAGUGGCAUGGGUGGCAGGAACCUAGGUGGCUCGAACGGGUCUUCGAUGUUCGGUGGUGUGAAUUCACAGUACAUGAACCGUCGGGGGGCGGCUGGAAUGCAACCGCGCAGUUCCCCGACCUGUACCGCUACUUCGGCCGGUGUGGUUGUCAACAAGGUUGCUGCACCGUCAACCGCUGCGAAGCUGCACCCCAACCAAGAGGUGGUUUUGGAUGAGAUGGAAGAGGGUGAAAUGGUAGAAAACAAACUCGUCAUUCCGGACGAGAUGCUACAGUAUCUGAAUCAGGUGGCGGAUAUGGCGGGUGAAUCGAGCGGUAGAAACAAACCAAACAACAACCAAACGACCGUCACGGCCGUCCCUAGCAAUGCCAACAAUCCAUGGAAUUCUCCUGAGAAUGACACUGUCGGUGACCGGAUUUCAAUACGGCCACCGCAACAAAUGUCAACAACAAACGCAAACCAAACGGUCAAUUUUACGCAACCCCAACCGGCCAUGUUGUUGAGCCCUCAAUCCCAGUACAGUAAUGACGAUUGCAGUCUUAUGAGCAACGUUAUGUCUCCGCAAACACCACAGCAUCAGCUAAUGUCACCGAUGAUACCGGAGAAUGCUUCGGCUCCUCUGACACCAUCCUCGAAUAACUAUACUGCACCGUCAGCCCAAGACUAUCCCGUGCUGCCGGCGGUACAGUGUCAAGGUGUGCAGCACAACACGAGCGGGAUGCAAAAUUUCGGCAAUGGGAACGGCUACCCGACUAGCGAUUGCUGCUACGGACAGGGGCCGAGCCAACAACAACAGCAACAGUCGGUAACGCGCACGCUAAACCGCCCGAUCGCAUGUUCUAAUCUGAUCGGUUACUAUCAUCGAACCGAUCAGAGUGCACACCAUUGCUGUUUGGCAACGAUGAUGCAAGGGUCACUCUACAUCAACCAACCGGCGGGCCACAGUCAGCAGCAGCAAUCGGGAGGCAAUACUCAGAUGCUUCAGCAUGCUUCACAGAACACCCAGUUCAAGAAUCCGUUUAGCCUGAAUGUGUCCAGUUUGGCUAGUGGUGGUGGUAAUCAUAACAAGCAAGUAACCGACCAGGCAGCAGCUGCGUGCAGCAACGCCGGGGCCAAUAUUGAAAUUCAGUGCGGUGAUAUCAGCCAAUCCCAGAUGUCACCCGCAAUUGCAGCCAUGGCACCAGCAAUUAACGAUGCCGCACUUAGGACGGAGCAGCCGUCUCAGCAACAGCUGCAGCAACAGUCAGAGCCAACCGUGGCUCCGGCGCAACCGAUGGAAAGCAGUUUGCAAACUCCACCGCUGGUAUCGUCCCCGACAGGCUUUGCAGAUCCUGCCGCCGUAGCUACCCCGUCAGUGCUGCCCAUGACAUUAACUACCGAUAAUUGCCUGACGAUGACUGCGGCUACCACCACCGCCGCUAGUAGCGGUGCAAUGGGCAGUGAUACUUAUCAGCGAACGCUGGAAUAUGUGCAAAACUGUCAGAAUUGGAGCGAAUCUGCUGCCGACAUGGUCAGCAGCAGCACGCAUCCAUCUUCUAAUCUUGUAAUCAACGAUAUGAGUACUUCACUGAGCUCUUACUUCGAAGAAGAUCGCUAUUUGCAGAUGAUUCAGUAGUAACAGCAAAGCCGAUGGCUGGCCGUCGUCAAUAUUGCAAUGUAUUCAAACUGUUCAGCCACUUAAUUACCCCGAGAAGUGGUAUUUAGCUGGUAUGGCAAUGCCUAGUGCCAAUGAUCUAUACAUGCAUUUUCUAAUCUAAUUUUGCCAUAACAAUAUGCUCAAGAUAGCUGAGAACGAUGGUCGAGAUUCCUAUAGAUUUAGUUUUUUUCCCCUUUAUUGCAACAACAUAGAACAAAAUGCAGCGAAUGACUGUUUCACUUGUCUUCUAUAAUAACAAGCUCAGUAGUAGAAAUAAUAUGGAUAAUUCUCUUUCUUUUGUAAAGACCUUUGUAUAAAAUAACAAAACGCAGCAAUGAUGUUUUAGGGAAAAGAACGAUUGUUUAGGUGCGUUCAUUCGUUUGAAUGCACAGUGCAGAGUACAGCCAUAUAAAAAAGGAAUUUAUCAUUGCGCUGGAGUACUGCCAUCACCGCAGUAUCUGUAAUCUUAGAAAAUAAGGUUGGUAGCCGCAUAAGAAUUGAUCGCUCAUCAACGAGCAUGUUGCUUGCGAUGUGUUUAAAUAGUGAGCCGGAAUAAAUGGAAUGAUUCAUCAACAAAUCAACAACACUCA